GCUUUUUUGGGACCGCGCCUCGGGAGAGCAGAGUUACCCGCCGCACCGACCAUGGCCGCAGCCGCACUGGGUCAGAUUUGGGCCCGAAAACUUCUCCCUGUCCCUUGGCCUCUGUGUGGCCCCAGACGAUAUGCCUCAUCCAACUUUAAGGCUGCAGACCUGCAGCUGCAACUAACGCAGAAGCCUCAUAAGAAGCCUGACCCCAGCAAGCCCCUGGUGUUUGGGAAGACAUUCACCGACCACAUGCUAAUGGUGGAAUGGAAUGAGGAGAAGGGCUGGGGCCAGCCCCGAAUCCAGCCCUUCCAGAACCUCAUGCUGCACCCAGCCUGCUCCGCCAUUCACUACUCACAGCAGCUCUUUGAGGGCAUGAAGGCGUUCAGAGGCAGUGACCAGCGGGUGCGCCUCUUCCGACCCUGGCUCAACAUGGACCGGAUGCUGUGCUCGGCCCUGCGCCUCUGCCUGCCGAGUUUUGACAAGGCCGAGUUGCUCGAGUGCAUCCGCCGGCUGGUGGAAGUGGACAAGGACUGGGUUCCUGCCAGCACGGGUACCAGCCUCUACGUGCGGCCUGUGUUCAUCGGGAACGAGCCCUCCCUAGGUGUCAGCCCUCCCACGCAAGCCCUCCUGUACGUCAUUCUCUGCCCAGUGGGCACAUACUUCCCUGGAGACGCCGUGAGCCCUGUCUCCCUCCUGGCUGACCCAACAUUCAUCCGCGCCUGGGUGGGUGGGGUCGGCAACUACAAGUUGGGGGGGAAUUAUGGGCCCACGGUGUUUGUGCAGCUGGAGGCAAAAAGGAAGGGCUGCGAACAAGUCCUCUGGCUGUAUGGGCCUGACCAACAGCUCACUGAGGUGGGCACCAUGAACAUCUUCAUCUACUGGACCCACGAGGAUGGGGUGCUGGAACUGGUGACGCCCCCGUUGGACGGUGUCAUCCUGCCUGGAGUAGUGAGACAGAGUCUGCUGGACCUGGCUCAGACCUGGGGUGAGUUCCGGGUAGUAGAGCGGAAGAUCACCAUGAAGGAGAUGCUGCGGGCGCUGGAAGAGGGACGGGUUCGGGAAGUCUUUGGCUCAGGCACCGCUUGCCAGGUCUGCCCUGUGCACCAAAUCUUGUACCAAGGCAAGCACCUCCACAUUCCCACCAUGGAAAAUGGGCCUGAGCUUGUCCUCCGCUUCCAGAAGGAGCUGAAGGCGAUCCAGUACGGAACAAGAGCCCACGAGUGGAUGUUCCCAGUAUGACCCUGCGGGCUGUGCCGGCCACCCCCUGGGAUCCACCGACCUGUAGCGUGUAGUCACCGCCGGACCCUCGCCGCCCUACAAUGACUCACCUGAAGUGCAAUAUAAAAUAAAAGGACGGGGCCCGGGACGCCUGGGUCUCUGGCGCCCCCACGUGGUCGCUACACUCCCAAAGCCUUAAGGGCCGGACCCAGGCGUCUGGGCCCCUAGCCGCGCCUCUCAGGCCUUGGGGAUCUGGCCUCCCGGCUGCUCCGUGUUGUGGGUAAGGGUGUAAUUUGGCCCCGACUCCGCAUCACUCCGUUCUCAGGCCGGAUCUCCUGGUGCUGCUGUUCAUAUAUAUUUUUUCCCUCUUUUUGCUGCAAUUUUGAAGUAAAAUGCCAAAGAACAAGA